UAUGUAGGUCAAAAGUUGCAGUGUAAGCCAUUGACAAGCAUAGCAAAAGAUGAGCGUUACGAAGGCUUUUCUCUUCACCCUUUUCCAAGGCUUCUACUCGGUUUCCUUGUGUCAGAGAUGGGAGUUCCCUUCCAAUAUGGUCGCUCUGAUUGGUUCCUGUGUGGAGAUCCCCUGCUCUUAUUUUCCUACCAAGGAGUCUGAGAGAUCCAGUAUUGUAUGGUAUUUAUAUGAUAGACUACAUUACAUAGAGAUAUUUAACAGCAGAACAUCCUCGUUAGUAAGAAAUGACUACAUACACCGAACCUCAUUGGUACCCGGAGGAAGCUGCACUCUGAGGAUAGACCCAGUGAGAAGAGAAGAUGAAGGUUACUAUUAUCCAGGAGUAGCAGGAAGUCACAUCAGGAAUGCGGAGAGCUUGAAUGGUAGUACAAUUUACCUCGCUGUCGCAGAUUCCCCAGCAAAGCCUGUACUACGCGGGUCUGGCGAUAUGACGGAAGGAAUUGCCACCAUUAUCCGUUGCUAUGCAGAUCACACGUGUGCCAGCAACCCUCCUUCUCUAGAAUGGAACAAACCUGGACAGAUCAAUAGACAAUCAAUACCAUUAUCUGGAGGGAACUGGAGAGAAGUAUCAGAACUUACUUUUAUUCCUUCAUAUGUGGAUGAUGGGACAAUCAUUCAAUGCAGAGCCACCCAUCAUAAUGGACUAAGAAUCCAGAAUGAAGCUCUAAUGAUCAUCAAAUUCCCACCAAAAGGUGUGACUGUCACAUCUGUUCUAACACCAGGAGGUGAUGCGCAUUUAUCAUGCGGAAGCAGAAACUCUAAGCCAGCCGUAUCUAAAUAUGAAUGGUACAGAGGGAAGAAUAAAGCUAAAUUACAAGUCCGGCAACAAAUACUCAUAGUGAAGAAUGUGACAUGGGACACGGAGCCCUAUUCCUGUACUGCAAUAAAUGAAGUGGGUAGUGGAGAGUCUGCGCUAACAGAGAUUCCUGUGCAAUAUGCUCCUAUCAAAGUUCACAUUAUUCAAUCUGAACCCAAAGACGGAGUCACUGAGCUGAAGUGUGAUUUCCUGAGCAGCAGACCCAACGUGACGCACUACAGCUGGAUGAAGAAUAACUCUUUGCUACCAAAUGAAACCGGACAGAUCCUACUGGUAAUCAAAACGGAAAAGAAUAAUGGAAUCUACUCUUGUAUCGCACACAACAGGGCUGGGAGUUCCCCCUCUGAAGAGGUCUACAUUGAAGGAAAGGCUGAAGAACAGACAAACAUUGUUGUUUAUUUGGCAAUAUCUGGAAUAAUAUGUCUUCUUCUGUUUUUUCUCAUUAUCUACUUUUGUUUGAGAAAGAACAAAUGUCAGCAGUCACCAAGCAAUGAGACCACAGAACUCCAAGAAGCCACAUACACGGAUCUAGUGAAAAGUGGUAUGUCAACUCCUUAUGACACUUUAAAGCCUGUAAUCACAGUCACAGGAAGGAUGAGAGCCGCAAUUCCUGAAUAUGAAAAUGUCAAUGUUUGAAAAAUAAAUUAAUAAAUAAAACACGUUUCGUACAACUACAGUAUACUGAGGACAGGUUGUCUAUCACAAUCCAUAUAUACUUGAAACCCUCACACCAGAACUAACACAUUGUCUGAUAUUAAAAAUGUCAUUAUAUUCUCUUCUUUCCCUUAUACUCUUACAUUAGUGCAAUACACCUGUUUUUCCUUUUUGCAUUAUUUGAUACAUACUAUAGAUUUUUCAUUUGUUGUUUGUUCUAGAAUACAAAGCAAAUAUAAUUAUUGGGAAUAUGUAAUUUUGAUGUAUUCAAUCAUUUGAACGUCACUGUAUUCUGUUUCUUCUCUGUCUAUGACAUGACAUAAUUAUUUGCAUGUGUUCUUUUUUUUUACCAAAUCUUAUUAAAGAAACCAAACUUCAAUUUAAGAAACUGAGGGAAUCUGCGCUUAAUAGUGUAGUUUUAUUGGAUUAAUAUGGCAGAAAGGAGCAGAGGACGCUUCUGGAUGAAUCAGAAAAAUAUCUCGUAUUUAAUAGGUUAUAGUAUUUUAUCAAGUCUACACUAUAAUAUUGCAUUAAACUUAAUCACAGCAGGUGUUACUUCAUCGCCUACCAACAACAAAUGUAGGAGGUGGUUAUAAUAAUGUGAGUCAACCGUGUAUAUAUGGGCAAAAAUAUAAAAUAGAAAUAAAAAUAUUGUUAAUGUCCAGUUAAAAUAUAAAAGCUAUAUUUCUAGUAGAUAAAAGGCAGUAUAAGCACUUGUGAGUUGGAGAGAAAACAAAACAAAAACAAACAAGUAGUAAUUUAAAUUUGAAAAAUAACAAAGAAUAAGUCUUAUUUCUUGAUCUAGAGAUAAUCAUCAAUAAAGGUAAAAUACACACAAUAACUUAUAUUAAAGAGGUAGAUGGGAACAACAUAUUACAAACAACUAGUAACCACCAUAGAAAAUGGGUAGCAAACAUACCUGAAAGGCAAUUAAGGAGAUUACAAUAUACAGUAUCUGUACAUAAAACAAAAACUUCUACCCAAUCGUACAAUAAAAAUUGGGACAUAAUAUUAAUGGAUGAUAAACUCAAAACGUUCAUUCCAAAUAAGCCAAACAUUAUUUAUAAAAAAAGGCAAGAAUCUUCAACAAGAAUUAGUAAGACGUUACAUUACCAAUGAAAACACGAAAAAACAGGCAUAACAAAAGGGCGCCAUUAUUGUCUGCAGCCUGCAAAAACUUAGGAAGAAAAGUUCCAAACUAACAACUGAAUUUAAAUCAAGUCAAACAAAUAAGAUUUAUCAAAUUGAGCACCACAUCUCAUGUGAAUGGAAGGUGAAAACUACCUCCUGGAAUGUGAGUGUGGCUACCAAUAUAUUGUACAGAAAAAGAGGAAGGUUAAAACACAUUAAUGAUAUAACAAAGAAAAAAUCCUGCACCAGAACCAAUAUUAGAUGAGUGAAUAUUGCUACAAGGGGUUAAACGUUAAAUUUCCAUUCAAAUAUUGAUAUUUUAGUGCUGGUGCUACCUACUGAUCUGAAAAUGUAUACAAUGAAGAAAAAUUGUGGCAGAGAUCAGUUUACCUAGGUGCACUCUCCCCCACUUUUUUUUUUUUAUAGAUCUAUUUUAUGAUAUUCUUAUUUUAAUAAUUAAAAAUUUGUGUUUUUGUUUUAUUACAAACAUAAAGUACCAAUACCCACAUGGAAUGUCAUCCUUUAUUCAUAAUAUCCCAUAUAGUAUUAUAAUGGCCUAAACAUUAGGCCACACAAAGCAAAAUAUUAAAAAAAUGUUUAUAUAGAAAUAGAAAAACGUGAAAAGAAGAAUUGUUUAUUAGACAGAUUUCU